GCAGGGGAGUGGAGGAGUGAGAGGAGCCCCGUUCUUCCAGCAAAGCAAGAGGGGAAGAAGAGUGAUAAAGAGUUGGGGACGGAGGGAGAAGAGUCAGCUGGACAUGGGGCUUUGUGCUGUUCUCCUCAUCUGUCUCUCCCAGGCUGAACUGGGGAGAGUCUGGGCUCAAGAGCAUGAAGAUGCACUGAGCGGGACUUCUCUGCGGACAGAUGGGGAUCCGUCCGGUUUGCACAGAACCAGGAGGGACCAGCAGACUCUGCACAAACACAGAGGAGCCCGAGACACACAGGCUGAGGGAGCAGGAGCAGGAGGAGGAGGAGGAGUUGAUAUCAGCACCCUGCCUGAUAACAUGACCCGAAUAGUGGAGGACUCCCAGAGGUACUACAGAUGGCAGAGUUUUGGUCCAGAAGACGGAGAGACUGAAAACUUGUGGGUAGAUCUGAACGCCCUGCACAAGAGCCAAGUCCGAAUCCACGGCAUACUGUCCAAUACCCACCGACAGGCAGCAAGGGUGGCACUUUCUUUUGAUUUCCCUUUUUAUGGACACUACUUGAGACAAAUUAUUGUAGCAACUGGUGGGUUCAUCUUCAUGGGAGACAUUACUCAUCGAAUGCUGACUGCCACGCAGUACAUUGCUCCCCUCAUGGCCAACUUUGACCCCAGUUUUUCAAAAAACUCAACAGUGAGGUACUCGGACAAUGGUAAUCUGUUUGUGGUACAGUGGGACAAAGUGAGGCUAAAGGACAGAGAGGAUGAAGGAGCUUUUACUUUCCAGACAGCCCUCCACAAGAAUGGAACUAUUGUUUUCAACUACAGGGAUAUUCCUGUGCCAGUGGUGAGAAUUAAUUCCACCGAGCAUCCAGUGAAAGUGGGUCUGUCUGAUGCUUUCAUGGCAUACCUCACUUCUGUGCAGGUCUCAGAUCCAAAGCGGCGCACUAUCUACGAGUAUCAUCGUGUUGAGAUUGACACCACAAAGAUCGUUACCAGAUCUGCUUUUGAGUUCACGCCUCUGCCUACUUGUCUUCAACACACAACCUGCGAUCUCUGCCUGACAUCCAACUUGACAACCGGCUGUGGUUGGUGCAACACGCUUCAACGAUGUUCCGAUGGGAUCGACCGACAUAGACAAGAAUGGCUUGACUACAACUGUCCCGAAGAGGCAAAAGGCACAUGUGAGGACUACAAUCCAGUAUUACCUGAGGGAUCUAUGAGCUCCUUCAACAACUCUUCACCAGGUCCAACACCUUCUUCAGCAGUGCUCGAGGAACAGCCUGUCACGAGAGAUUUACAGACGGGUCCUCCGAACCACACAGGGAUAACAGAGAACACGGCCAUCAUCACAGGAGUCGUGGCCGCCCUCAUUCUGCUUGUAGCUCUGACCUUACUGGCGGUUUACUACAUCAACACACACCCGACAGUGGCUCCACCGUUCUACCUCAUGCAGCGACGCACCAAUAACUACUGGCCCUCUAUGAAGUUCCGCAACCAGGGCUGCCACUCCAGUUACGCUGAGGUCGAACUCGGAGGUCACGAAAAGGAAGGAUUUAUUGAAGCUGAGCAGUGCUGCUAAAGGGGGGGCCUGGAUGUGCAGGACACAGUCAGAGAAAGAAAGGGCACCAUCUUGUGGACUGUAGCAGUACUACAACAGGGGGUGGGGGGGGGGUGAAUAUGGACGAUCAGGCCGACCAUCAUCACAGGAUGUCUCUACUCCAACCUCGGCGGCUGGACAGUGUUUACUGUACCUGCUCUUGUAGCUCUUGCUGGCUUUUUCUCUGUGUCUCUUGCUCUCGUUGCCAUCACACAGGAGAUUUUGCGAUAUCAUCUAAAAGGGGUUGGAGGGUCUAAGAGGAAGCCGACUGUACAGAGAAUGAUGAGAGUAAAAAAGUGUAACUGUACAAAAACCUAUCAAUGCAAGGGGGAGUCAGGGAAUGAAUCGAACUAGCCUUCAUACUGCAAACCAAUGUACAGCU